AUGGUAACCUACCAUCCCUCCCUCUCCCUGCUCCGCCCAUCCGUCCUCACCGCCCGGGCCAGCGUCAUCGGCCGGUGCCCAACACCCAACGCCUUCGUGUCCACCCCCGUCGUCUCUGCGGUGCCCCUUCGCCUGCGGCCUCUGCGCGCCGCCGCCGGUGGAGCAGCCUCGCCGGUAACGUCCAAACCGAGACCCCUCGCCUCAAGCUACACGCUCCUCGCUACUCCUAGGGGUAUGCUUCGGUCGAGUUGUAAAUGCCUGCUUGCUCGGUUGCUCCGCAGGUCGGUGGCGAUAAUGGAGGCAAACGCGCGGUUCCGCCUUCCGCGCUGCUCGACUUCGCGCGUAGCAACUUCCUCCCGCUUGGUGAGUUCCCGCUUCUACGCGAUCCCAGCUGAUGCUUAA